AUGGGAAGAAGACCAGCGAGAUGCUACCGAUACUGUAAAAACAAGCCGUACCCAAAGUCGCGCUUCUGCAGAGGUGUCCCAGACCCGAAAAUAAGAAUAUACGAUAUGGGCCUGAAGGGAGCAGACGUAGACGAUUUCCCAUGCGCAGUACAUAUAGUGUCAGGAGAAUACGAACAGAUAUCCUCAGAAGCACUGGAAGCAGCAAGAAUAUGCGCAAACAAGUUCAUGGUCAAGUCUGGAGGAAAGGAGUCGUUCCACAUAAGAGUUAGAGUUCACCCGUUCCACGUACUGAGAAUCAACAAAAUGCUCUCGUGCGCAGGUGCAGAUCGUCUGCAAACAGGAAUGAGAAGAGCAUUCGGAAAACCAACAGGAGUAGUGGCAAGAGUCAACAUUGGACAAGUACUGAUGUCGAUAAGAACAAGGGAAAACCUCGUGCCCAAGGCAGUGGAAGCACUCAGAAGAGCAAAGUAUAAGUUCCCAGGAAGACAAAAAAUAUUCGUGUCAAACAAAUGGGGAUUCACGCCGUUCACAAAAGAAGAGUACCUCAAGUACCAGGCGGAAGGAAGACUGGAAAACAAAGGAGUGCACGUAAAGUGGAUCUCGUCCCACGGACCACUGACUAAAGUGUUCCCAAACGCAGACGAAGUGACAGUGCCGCUGGAAGACUAA